CUUUGUACACCCAACAACUGUACAACUUGAACUGGAACAAGGGCUGCCACUACAGGCCAGUCUCAACCAUCCAUCAAGUGGUGAUAUCUUCUGAGAAUACAUCACCAAGCACACAACAAGAUGGGCUUCUUCAACCGUCAACCCCGCGCCGCGGAUGGCACUGCACCGCCUGUUGCUGACGGCCAUCACACUACUCACAAGGAGCGCAAAGCUCGUCGCCAUGGCUUCGAGCCCUACACCAUGACCACCAGGCCUACUUUCGGCCAGUGGCUCAAGUACACUUGGCUCGACAUUCUCACCAUGGCCGUCCUCGGUGCCAUCGGUCUCGGCGUCUACUACGCCCACCCGGCCCCCUCCCGCUCCUUCGCCGUCCAGUUCUCCGACGGCGAAGUCGUCUACCCGCAAUUCGCCUACCCUAUGCGCAAGGAAAUCAUUCCCAUCUGGCUCGCCGCCUUCCUAGCCGCCACGAUCCCCAUCUUCAUCAUCCUGUGCAUGCAGAUCCGCAUCCGCUCCUUCUGGGACGUCAACAACGGCAUUUUGGGUCUUCUGUACUCGCUCAUCACCGCCGCCGUCUUCCAGGUCUUCAUCAAGUGGCUCAUCGGCGGCUUGCGCCCUCACUUCCUGACCGUCUGCAAGCCCGACAUCUCGCGCGCUACCAACACCCAGAUUGCCCAGCAGGGUUACUCGGAGCAGGGUUUUGCGCAGAUUUACUACACCAAGGAGAUCUGCACUGGAGACCAGAAAGAGAUUGAUGAUUCCUUGGAGUCUAUGCCGUCUGGCCACUCCACCGCUGCUUUUGCUGGCUUCAUCUUCCUCGCUCUUUAUCUGAACGCCAAGCUGAAGGUGUUCUCCAACUACCACCCCGCUCUCUGGAAGCUCGCGGCCGUCUACGCUCCCGUGCUCGGCGCGUGCUUGAUCGCCGGCGCCUUGACCAUCGAUGAGUUCCACCACUGGUACGAUGUCCUUGCUGGCGCGGUUAUUGGUACCAUCAUGGCUUUCAGCGCUUACCGCAUGGUGUAUGCGAGCAUCUGGGAUUGGAGGUACAACCAUAUCCCCCUCAACAGGUCAAACCCCUUCCCCUUUGGCAGCCGCGACGAUAUGGAGCUGGGCGGCGCUACUUUCACCAGGCAGGUUGGCUGGGGCACUAGCGGUGCUGGCUUCCCGUUUGAUGACAAGCAUGGUUAUGCUGGUGGUGGAUAUGGUGGCCAUGGUGGUUAUGGUGGUGGAUCGGCGAUUAACCGCAAGCCGGUUGCUGGUAACGGCGUUGGAGGGCCAUUCCAUAACAAUGGCGUGAGGGGUGAGCAGAUGGUUUAAGGAGUUCCCAGGUGGACUCGAAAGAAGAGGUGUUAUGAGAAGAGGAGAGGUGUUGAGAGGCUCAAUGAAGGAAUAAAGGAAGGCGGUGGAAGUUGCCCUUUGCUCAUGCCUGGUCAUGGGCGGGUAUAAUUACGAAGUACGAGUACCCUACGACCUAUGAUGUUUUCUUAGCCUGUCGUUCACAUUGUUCCUGGCGUUCUGGUGUUGGCUAGGAAUGACCUGAUGAGCGACGAGAGUUCGAAUACCCCCAUCUUGUUUCAGCAUACCUAAUUAUUACACUGAACAUGAUCCAAUUCUUCGAACAUUU